AAGAUGGCGGUGCGCGGGCCCUGGGCACUGCGGUUCCUCACCGCCCGCUUCUCGCAGCGCGCCGCCGCCGGCACCGAGUUCCGCAGCGCCUACAGCUUGGACAAGUUGUACCCGCCGCGGGACGGCGGCACCGCCAGCGACCCGGAGGAGGCCAGGCCAGCGGCCCUCAACAUCCCCAUGGACCGACUGACUGUAUCCUACAGCCGGAGCAGCGGCCCUGGUGGGCAGAAUGUUAACAAAGUGAAUACCAAGGCAGAAGUCAGGUUCCACCUGGCAUCAGCAGACUGGAUCCCAGAAGCUGUAAGAGAAAAAAUGGCAUCAGUGCACAGAAAUAAGAUAAACCGAGCUGGUGAGCUGAUUGUGAACUCCGAAGAGAGUCGUUACCAGAUGAGGAACCUGGCGAUUUGUUUAGAAAAAAUCAGAGUCAUGGUCACAGAAGCUACUGAGAAGCCCAAGGUGGUGUCUAAGGAGACUGCACAGCAACUCAUAGCCAGGGUAGAAAAAAUGAACCGUGAACGAUUAAGACAGAAAAGGAUACACUCAAAUAUAAAACAGAGCAGGAAGGCAGAUUUUGACUGAGAGCAGAGGUGGAAGUCUUUCGUGUACUGCCUUUAUAAGGAAAUGUUGUUGGCAACAGAAGAUGAUACUAAACUGAUCUGAUAAAGUCUGUCUAAAAAUGCAAAUAAAAAACAUAUUUAUAAUCUGCUGA